ACUAUCUGGGGCGAGAGUGUUGGAAGUGUUGUGAAAAGCAAAUUGAUUGGUUGCUUGCCAAAUUCCAGUCCCCCCAACUUUUCAAUAGGCCUGCAUCAGCCUCGAUCACUUCUUCAUCAGGCUUGAAUCACACAGAUUGAGAGUAAAAUCUCUUUUGCUUUAACUUUGUUCCCCCAUUAAUGAAAGGAAAAAUAAAUCAAUGUCGUAUUAAAAUUGGUCCUGCUCGGGAACCCCCGUGAUGAAGAGGAUGGGGUCUUUUUAUGAUAAAAGCGUGUGUGUAGACUGGGUGUCUGUCUCAGUGAGGACGUACACCCUCAGUCAGAAGUCAGCUCUGCUAUGCUGAUACUGCUCAGCAUACCGAGGCGUUACACGGGCGCAGCUCAACCUCCGCAAAGGGACCGAUUAUCAGUAAGGCCACAAUGCGCCCACUGCAGGGGAGGCGAGCUCCGUAGUUUUGCUGCAGCGCUGAGAUUCUGCAUGGGCGUAGUCCUGUCUGCAUUUGCGCUGCAGGCACAACAGCAUCCAUCCCCAGUAACACUGCGCUAGUGGAUACACCAACCUAUUCUAUGGUGCAGGUGUCAUAACGUGGUGUGAAGGUUGUUCAUCUGAUCGGACUGAUACUAAUCGCUAUGGAGUUGCAUCUCUUCACCGCGGCCUGUCUCCUGUUUGGCAGGAUAAUGAUGACGCAUCAAACUCACAUGAGCUCAGUGACUCGGUUUCUCUUCACUCCACGAGGUCCUCAGAUGUUUCCAUGUCUAACUUACCUGGAGAGAAAUGUCAGGGUGGACUGUGAGUUUCUGGCCACCUACCAGGUUCCCGGUCCAUACUGUGAGUAUCGGCAGGACAGCCGUCUGGUGGGCAGCACGGUCCCCAACGCCGUCAUAUAUGUGUCCACAGAGGACCGCAGGAGGAGCAACGUUAGCCUGGUCACUCCCACUCUGUGCCGCCUCACCUGGGCCCCUCUGGCUGAUGAGAGGCCUUUCACCUACACCUGCAGGGUUUAUCAGGGCGACAGCUGGAAGGAGAACAGCAUGGCCGUCCAUCACAGGCUUCUUCCAAUCUGCUCUGCAAUGAGCGUCAUGUUCAAAUCAGCGCCAUGGCUUUUGUCUCUGGUGAUGUCACUUCCUGUGGCAGUGGGUCUUCUGAGUCCUUGAACUCUAACUCAAUGGACAUGCUCGUGCUGUCUUAGAUGGUUUGUGACUCACUCUGGUUUGAUGGCUGGUGACUGAUUUCAUUUCAUUUUCUAUUAUUUAUUUAUUUAUUUAUUUUGUCAGAAGGUAGAGGCCAUGAAAACCCCAGUAGAUAAAUAAGAAAGAAGGAAAAAAACCUCAGCUACUCUUUUGAAAUGCACCUUUGAGGUGUGAAGGAUUUUAUGUCAUAAACCUCAUUCUCACCACUGUACCUUGAAGACCGUUGUUUUUGACAAACAUUAUAUAUCUAUAUACAUAUAUAUAAUAAAAUAUAUAUAUUCAAAAAACAUUGCAAAUAAAUACAACAAUGAACAGUGUUCGUUUUCUAUUAUAAUGGCUAUAGUAUAAAGCAAAUUACAGGUUUUUUUUAAUCUUUUGUCUUGAUCAGGUCUCCCUUGUAAAUAAGAUUCAUUGGGACCCAUCUAUAUAAACAGUAAUUAUGUUUAUGGCAAAAAUAAAUCUUGAUUUUUGUAUUCACAAAGAAAAGAUGCUUCUUAUAGAUUUAUACUGCACCUUAAUGCUGUUCGGAAAACAAAUGGAUUUCAUUGUAUACCCUGAUAUUAAAUGGUAUGUUGGAGAUAUUCCAACACUAAAAAAAUGGAGAGCCCUUUGAUCAGAUUUAUUACAUCACAUAUUGGAGUGAAAAUGUCACAGCUUUUUGUCUCUCACUUCACCCCCUUAUUUUAAUUUGAAUUGUACUGCAGUUUCACUAGUGUGCUAAACUAUAUGUAUAGUAGGUAAGUUAGACAGGUAUUCAGCUGGCUGAUAUGGAUAUUGAGUAAUAGUAAUUAAUAACUGCUCAAACACUGCCUUUCCUGCUAGCAAAUACUAAUCUCUGAUACCUUCAGUACCUUUAAACAGAAUAAAGACAGCUGUACAUUGGCCCCCCUGUGAGGUUCACCUGCUUACAGCAAAGCAGCUCAAAUACAGUAAUAAUACAGUAGUAGUCUUUAAUACUUCCACAUGGUGCAAUAUCAGAGUUUAAUCCCCUCGGACAGCAAUAAGACGUAACACGAUUGGGAUGUUUGUUCCUUACUUGAAGACCUUUGGAAAAAGGACUCUAAUGUCUGCUUCAGUGUGUUGAUGCUAAUCUGACCUGCAGCCUAAAAAGAUGUAGAUUUGGGACGUUUUUAACUUCCAUUUUGCAAAUUCUGUUAAAUGACGUGGACGAGGUGGAGGUUUUAGUUCUGCAGCCUUGGAGUCAGAGUAACACUGUAGCUGAAUAAGUAACAUAUUUCUUAUGCAGUUCAGAUUAGAGGUGGUGGACAGACAUUACCAAAAUAGUUUAUGGAGGGAUGGAAAGAUGGUGGAAGUAUAAUGUUUUGCUCAGUAAAUAUUCACUGUAAUAAUCUUGGUGUGUUUAAAUGUAAACACAUUUCUCCUCCUGUACAAGCACACAUGUACACAGUAUGUGUGUAAGGUGAAAGAAUACUGUACCUCCACACGUUUUUUUUAAAAAAGCUGAUUUAAUUUUGAUAUUUUUUGUUUACAAUAUACAUGCCAACCACACUGUCCAAACACACACAUUUAGGGCCUUGACUUACGUAUUGUUUUACUUUGAUGUCACAUUUUAACAAGAAUUGUGUUUCUCUUUUAUGUUACCAUCAUUUUGCUGCUCAGUAUUAUUUGCAAAGUAGUACUAAAAAUGUAUUUAUAUUUUUAAAAUAGCCAAGUCAGCUUGUAAUGUUUAUUUUGUCCUUCCAUCAAAGGUGUACCAAAAGCUAUAGCAAAACUAUAGUAACUAAUAAAUGUUAUACAC